AUGGCCAGCAACGAUAUUCCAGAUUAUAAAAAACUCUUUCUGGAGGCGGAGAAGCAACGGAAACAAGAAGAGGAGCUACGGAGACAAGAAGAGGGGCUACGGAAACAAGAAGAGCAGCGACGGAAACAAGAAGAGCAGCGACGGAAACAAGAAGAGCAGCGACGGAAACAAGAAGAGCAGCGACGGAAACAAGCAGAGGAGGAACAAAGGCAUGAAGCAGAGCUAAGGAGACAGGCAGAGGAACAAAAUCGACCAACGACCUUUGGCGAGCUCAUUCGAUAUGGUCAUAAUAUCAUCGCUAAAUCAUUGACAAUCGCAAACCAAUCUCGCUGCACUUCAGGGAAAAUCUCAGCACCGAUCGGAAAAAGUUGCCCGGUAAAACUGCGCCCGUGGACCGAAUGUCAAACCCAGCAGGAGGAAAUUUAUCGCUCUGUUUGCAACCAUCUUGGAUUGACAGGGAAUACAGCACGUCGGGCUUUUCCACCCCUCGUUGCGCUGGAGUAUGAGGGACAAAAUGUCAAAGAGAGACCGAUAAGCAGUGAACGGGACCUUGAGGGCUAUGAGCGAUCUGCUGUUGAGAAUCAUGUACGGAACAUAAUCACAGAGCUUUGCAAGAUACCUACCGCUCGAGAUGAAUUCCGUUUGGGUGAUGGAGUCCAGUUCGACAGUCAUGCCAAUAGCCUUGAUUUACAGACAAACCAACCAUCAAGAUCCGGGUCUUCCAGGCCUGAUCAGUAUUGCAUACACCGCAUUGACGACGGUACUAGCACACUUCUUACCACAGUCGAGUACAAGCCUCCCCACAAGCUACCUGUUGAGAGCCUUCGCAGAGGUCUUAAAUCCAUGGACUUCUGGGGACAGGUGGUCAAGGCUCACAGUGUCCCCAAUACCGAGGAUGAGAAAGCUGAAAGGGUCGUUGGAUCAGUGAUCGCCCAAGAGUACCAUGUGAUGAUACAGGAAGGACUUGAAUAUUCAUAUGUGACUAAUGGACUUGCAUUAAUUCUUCUGCGAGUCCCCUAUGAAGACCCAGGCACCCUGUAUUACCAUCUGUGUGAACCGAACGAGGAAGUGAACUCAGAAGAUGAACAGAGUUUUCUGCAGCCAGCAACAGCUAUCGCUCGGGUAUUGUGUCUUUGUCUGAUGAGUUUUCGCUCACGUCCUCGUAGCCAACAGUGGCGAAACGAAGCAGAUGCGCAGCUCCCAAUCUGGGAGUCUAGCUUUGGUAGCUUUGAUGGCGCUUGGUCUCCAGUCUCCGAAUUUGAAUCGCCACAACAUACCCCGAAUUCAAAGCGCACUUAUCCUAGCCCCAAGUCCACCACAUCCGAGUUUCUGCCGCCGUCGUCAUCCUCAGCGGAAUCCCCUACCGCUGAGGGACGCCGAGCGCCAACCCGGUCUCGGCCUGGCUGCUCACCUUCUACUACAACAUACCAUGAUGAAUCUUCAGAUCCCGAUUCGGAUUUUGAAGCUUCAGGUCAAAAAGGUCAGAAACGCGGCCUCAGCGAGAUCAGUUCAUCGCCGGUCCAACGGACGGUACGCCGGGCGGGUUCGCGACAUUUUUCACAGUCAGACAGUCAACAUGGGCGGCACGACGCAGACUUCUGUACACAGCGCUGUUUACUGGGCCUGCAGCAGGGUGGUCGGCUCGAUGAUGACUGCCCGAAUGUGAUGCUCCAUAAACAGGGUGGAGACGGUAGGCGGCACACCAUUGAUUCCACAACUUUGGUGCAACUGGUGAAGCGACAGCUGGGUGACAAUAUCGACCGGAACUGUACACCAAUGGGAGACUGUGGAGCAUCAGGAGCGCCGUUCAAGGUCACCUGUGCUGCAUAUGGGUACACUGUUGUUGGAAAAGGCACGACCUCCUGCCGGUGGCCGGAGCUCCUGCGCGAAGCUGAGGUUUAUCAUGUCCUGCAGCAGGCUCAGGGUUCUGCAGUUCCUGUUUUCCUGGGAGCAAUUGACCUAAAGAAAACUUACUUCCUCCAUGGGGCUGGGGCAAUUCGGCAUAUGCUACUUAUGGGGUGGGGUGGGAAGCCUAUCAGCAGUAUUGAGAAUAUGCCUUCUUGUCCAGAAUCCAAUAGGGAAGAGUUGAAUCGUGAAAUCUCGAGAUCUGUGAAGAAUAUCCGCUCUCUCGGAGUUUUUCAUGAGGACCUUCGACCGGAUAAUAUUUUGUGGAACGCUGAGUUGCGAAGGGCCCUGAUUAUUGAUUUUCAUUGGGCUAGAUUGGACCGUCGACCGAAGAGAAAGCGGCUGCUUUCGUGCGGGGCAGAGGCACGUCAGCCAAAACAACGUCGUACUAUUUGCUAA